GUAUUUAUUUGUUAGUAGAAACAUUUCGACCAAACAUGAAAGACUGCCUAUAUUAAUUUUUAUUUUAUCAAUAAAAGACUGCCUAUUUAAUAUGUCACAAAGUAUAUUUAGUUUACAUUUAUAUUUAAACACAUUUUAUAAAAUUAGAAGGAAAAACAGUUUUCUAAGAACAUCUUAUAUAUUGAGAUUAAUUAAAGAAGUGUUUUUAACUGUGCAACUUUGAAAAAAAAAAGUUUUUAACUGAGCAUAGAGAAAAUAUCAUUCCUCCACUUUUUUUCUCUCCAAGUGGUUCACUAAUCGAAGACUGAAUAUUGAAAAUUAUAUGUUUCAUUUGAAUACAUUUCAUUGACCCUAUAAAGUUAAACUGGUAAACUAAGUUUUUAUAGAGACUAAUAGCGAUAAAAGAAUUCGGAGUUCAAGACAUGUCUACAUGAGUCACGUUCGGACUUUCGUCGAUAAUCACAUGCAAUUUGACAAUCACGCCAUUAACAUAUUCAAAGUCAUACUGUAUCUUCAACUUCAAAUCACAAUUAAGAGUUCUAAUCACGCUAUAUAUAAAACACUUUUUUAAUCAUCUCCUGAUUAUAAGCGAUCCAACUAAUGUCAACAUGUAUCACAAAUUUCAGAUCUCUAGUAAAUUUUUUCAGGCUUUGGGUUUGAAGAUGAAGAUUCUGAUAACACUCCUCUUUAGUUGCGUACUAGUUUUGUCUAUAAUGUUAUUAUCAUCCUCAAACAACAUCAAGAACCAACUUCUUGAUGCUAUAUCCACCGUUUCAAAGGAAUCCGAAACACCAAGGGAUAAACUGUUGGGAGGGCUUUUAACCUCCGAUUUUGAUGAAGGUUCUUGCUUCAGUAGGUAUCACAAAACUUCGUUGUAUCGCCAGCCUUCUCCAUACAAGCCUUCUGAAUAUCUAGUCUCUAAGCUUAGAAGCUACGAGGUGCUGCACAAGCGUUGCGGUCCAGACACAAAAGCUUACAAGGAAGCAACAGAGAAUCUUGUUCGUGAUGAAAAUUAUGCACAAGGCAACUCAGUCGGUGAAUGCAGAUACAUUGUGUGGAUCGCGGGUUACGGUCUUGGAAACAGAAUGCUCACCAUUGCUUCUGCCUUCCUCUACGCUCUCUUAACAGAGAGAAUUAUUCUUGUAGACAACCGCAAGGAUGUUAGUGAUAUCUUAUGCGAACCAUUUCCAGGUACUUCUUGGUUGCUUCCUCUUGACUUCCCAUUGAUGAAUGGUACUUACCGGUUCGACAAGGGAUACUCUCGUUGUUACGGAACAAUGUUGAACAAUCACGCCAUCAACUCGACUUAUAUCCCGCAGCAUCUAUAUCUUCAUAAUCUCCAUGAUUCAAGGGAUGAAGACAAGAUGUUUGUCUGCGAAAAGGAUCAAGGUUUGAUCAACAAAGUCCCUUGGUUGAUUAUUCAAGCCAAUGUCUACUUUGUUCCGUCUCUAUGGUUUAAUCCAACAUUCCUACCCGAACUAAUGAAGCUGUUCCCGCAGAAAGAUACCGUCUUCCACCUUUUGUCUCGGUAUCUUUUUCACCCGACCAAUCAAGUUUGGGGUAUGGUCACAAGGUACUACCACGCUCACUUAUCCAGAGCAGACGAGACACUCGGUAUUCAAAUACGGGUUUUCAGAAAGAACGCUGGAUAUUUCCAACACGUCAUGGACCAGAUCGUAGGUUGUACGCAAAGAGAGAAACUCUUGCCUGAGUUGGCUUCACAAGAAGCCCCACAAGUCAACGCAUCGAGUGUCACCAAAGUUAAAGCUGUUCUUGUAACAUCUUUGUAUCCAGAGUACUCUGACAACUUAAAGAGCAUGUUUUGGGAGCGACCAAGUUCGACAGGAGAGGUUGUUGAAGUCAAUCAGCCGAGUGGAGAAAGGUUUCAGCAAACAGACAAGAAGCUUCAUGACCAAAAGGCGCUUGCUGAGAUAUAUCUACUGAGCCUAACCGAUAAGAUUGUCACAAGCGCAAGGUCUACGUUUGGGUAUGUUGCUUAUAGUAUUGGAGGAUUAAAGCCAUGGUUACUUUAUCAGCCAAGGGAUCUUACAACUCCUGAUCCUCCAUGUGUUCGAUCCACGUCGAUGGAGCCUUGUUACCUUACUCCUCCUUCUCAUGGAUGUGAAGCUGACUGGGGUAAAAACUCGGGGGAGAUUUUUCCUUUUGUUAAGCAUUGUGAGGAUCUUGUGGAUGACGGGCUCAGCCUAUAUGAUGAAUUGUAGAUCUUGUUUAAGCAAUGUUAUCUCUCUUUUAAUUUUCCUGUAUAAUAAUCAUCAUCAUUGAUUUUCAGUGGAAGAUGUUACACUUUACAGUUUACAACUGUAUACUAUGUUUUCAUAUGUCAAUGCAUAGAAACAUUUAGUUGUUCAAAACGUCUACAAGGUCUGCUUGGUUAUAAACAGCACAUGUUAUAAUCAUUUUCAAACAUUUAGUUAUUAAUGAGCUCUUCUGGAGAUUACUUUAUGUGUCAUUUAAGAUAGUAGGUAGCAUUGACCAUUGGUGAGUAUAUUUGCAAACGGUUUAACAUUCUAAUUAGCCCCGUUAAUUCUGUAAAAAUGAGUUGCUUUGUGAUAAGAAAGUUAAUUUAUACCUGAACAAAGAAUGAUUCUCUCUGUUAUGUUCUCAAGACCUAUAAUGGUGUUCCACAACCUCAUCAGACCCGGCUCAACAAUAAAUAAAACCCUGGGAUAAAACUUUCUCAAGAAGGAGAGAAUGACAUAAGAUCCAAAACUAAUAUGUAUAUAUAUUAUUUUAUUUUUAAGAAAUGAAUAUAAUUUUUAUGAAUAAUUUAGAAUAAUUUUUUUGAAACAAACUAAAUAAAUAAAAAAAUUUCUCUUGAAAAUGAAAUUUAUAAGAAAUGUUAAUAUUACAAACUAUUAAUUUAGAGGAAUAAAUUCCGAAAAAUGAACUAAAACUAUCUUAAUUUUUAAGAUCAACUUCAUCUAAAUCACAUCUAGACCAGACAUAGUUAGACAAAUAUUUUAUUCAGAAUAACUCUUUGUCUGAUUAGAACUUGGACUAAUCAGUAACAAAAAAAUCAUCUAAAUAAUAUAAAUUUUGAUUUUGAAGAAUAUUACAUUUUCUAAUUGUUUUCUUUUAGGCAGGUCACAGUUGAAGUCCUAGUGUAAUCGUUCUCAAUGAGGUUGCUCUAACAACCUCAAAGCAAGACUUAUCAAAGAGGGAAACACUAGCUUUUUGAAAUGAUUUUUUCUAAGGAACCUGAAAAUAAAUAAACAAGAAAGUAGCUUUUGUAAGUGCACUCCAGCCAUGUCCCAAUCAUUCGUAAGUCCAAGUAUUUCGGUCUUAUCCAAUUUUCUACUAUUAUUUUUUCAUAUCCUUUUGAGUUAAGAAAUAAUGGAAAAUGAGUGAUGAUCAUAAACUAUAUGGUUGUAACAUAGAAUAAUAAGCACAAAGGCGUUUUUGGAUUAGUCCAAAGAACACUGUCUUUAUUCGUAUGCAUAUUCAUAUUCAUAGUCAGACGGCGUUUGUCGCAUCCAUCUUUGUCGCUAACAUAACAACUCCAAGAACAUAAUCUUCUUAAUACAAGAUUAUUUGCUCAGAAAUCACAGGAUGUGGCAA